GACAGGCGAGGUGCAGGCUGAGGGUCAUGGCAGGGUUAGUUGGGAGAGCUCAGCCCCAGUGAACGCUCGUGUGUGUCAGCUGAAGGACACCAACACUGCCCGGUGAUCCAUCUGGGUGGUGCCAAGCGAGGAACAUGUACUGGUGUUUUGGAUGGCCAAGGAAAUCCAUCUCAAAUACCCAGAGAUCCUCCAUGCCGCUCACCCCUUCUUCCUCUCCCUCAAGUUUGUGGGUGCUGGUGGCUCUCUCCUGGAUGGAGCAGUUUUCAUGGAUCUAUUUACCUGAGAACAACUUGUCAACAAUUCCUGUGGAUGUCGUCAUCAGCGAGGUCAGUGUUAGAUACCAACUUGCUGCUCAGGUGUCUGUUGUACCUGCUGGUUGGCAUCUCCACUUUGUCUCUCCUGGUAACCAAGUAUGUGCUGACAGAUUAGCAGCAGGAGUGGGAACUGCAGUGGCUGUAACUCAUAUGACUUCACUGGUACCAAUCCAGACCACCUGGCUUCCCCAGGGACAGGCUUGUGUCAUCCUGACCUUACCUCUACCUUUACAUCUACCACUGCACUACAUUUGGAAUCUGGUUGAGUACAUGUACUCAGACCCAAGCCUGAUGUGCUUGGUGGUGUAUCCUGAAAAUUUGGAGAUCCAGGAGAACUCUGUCACCAAGAACCUGCAAAUGAAUGUCAUUGGGUGGCUGAUGGCAGCUCCUCAAGUGAACCCAGAGAUCACUGGGCUAAAGUACAGCAAGAUGAGUGCCUUGGAGAAGCUGUGCCUUGAGUUGAAGGCUGCAGUCACCAUCAGAAAAGAGCAAAGCUGCAACAAGUCAUCCAAGUACUUUGUCAAGAAGGUUUAUGUUGAAGGCAACCUCCUGCACUGCUCUCAGGAGAACAGUGGGACUCAUGACCGCCUCCAAGACCCACAGAGGAUUGGAAGGCAUAAAUUCAAUCUUGGAUAACUAUUGACAUUUAAAACUGGUGACUCCACUUGUCAGAUUGUAGGUGGGAAAGUUUUAGGGUUGAUUGAUGGGAACAUUGUUGAUCUAAAUUCUUUUUUGAUAAAGUACUGUAAAUCACUUGCAUGUGAAGUUUCAAAUGGAUGAAAUAGCAUGAAUGGUAUUGUAGUUGAAUUGUUCUUUGUAGCUGGAAAAAAAAAUUAGGGUCGAUUGAUGGGAAAACUAUUGUUCAAAAUCCUUUUAUUGUAAACUAGAUCAUGUACAUAGUUGUGAAAUUUUUUUGGAAAUGAAAUAGCAUGAAUGAUGAUGAUGUUGUUUGUGUUGUACUAUGGGUAAACCAUUGGAAAAAAUGUAGUAGUUAUGAACAAAAUUGGAUUAACUAAACAUCACUGAGGUUGUAGUUGUGAAAUUUUGGUGUAAAUUAAUGUAAACAAUGAAAUACUUAAUCAUUAAAGUUUUUAAUCUUAUAUUAGGAGUCAUUGGAAAUUAGCUAAAAUAAACACCCUUAUAUCAUCUUAACCCUAUAAUGACUAACCAACUUUCCUCUCAAAUCAUAGCAUAGUUUUAACACAAGUAAACAGUGCACAGCUUUGCCAAAUGUUGUCAUAAAUCUGUGUUGGAAAUAUAGUCUUCAUCAAGCAUUA